AUGGCCAAAACCCUAGCAUUGUUGCUACUCUUCCUCCAACUAACUUCUUUCACUUCAUUUGCUGAAGACCUUGAGUCUCUUCCCCCAACUUACCCUCACACACCAGCUCCCCUUCAUCCUCCAACUAAGCCACCGGUUCACCCACCGGCAAACGCCCCUCACCACCAUCACCACCACAACCACAACCACUCACAUUCCCCAGCUCCCACCCCUGUCCACACUCCUUACCCUCCUCACUCACCAGCUCCACUUCACCCCCCAACUAAAUCACCAGCUCACCCACCUGCUCAACCCCCAACCCACGGCCAUCACCACCACCACCACCACCCUCCUGCUCCUGCCCCUGCUCACACGCCUGUCGUUCCAACUCACCCUCCUUUACACCCUCCUGCUCCUGUUCAUUCACCACCACCGCAUCCUCCUACUCCUGCUCAUUCACCACCACCUCAUCCUCCUGCUCCUGCUCACUCACCACCACCUCAUCCUCCUGCUCCUGCUCCUGCUCACUCACCACCACCACACCCCACUCCCAUCCCUAGAAGCUUCAUUGCUGUUCAAGGUGUUGUUUAUGUCAAAUCAUGCAAAUAUCCUGGUGCUGACACGCUCUUGGGAGCUUCAUCACUUCUUGGUGCCGUUGUGAAGCUUCAAUGUAACAACACAAAGUACAAGUUGGUGUUAAAGGAUGAAACUGAUAAGAAUGGUUAUUUCUACAUUGAAGGCCCAAAGAGCAUUACUAGCUAUGCGGCUCAUAAGUGUAAUGUUGUGUUGGUUAGUGCACCUAAUGGGCUUAAGCCUUCGAAUCUUCAUGGUGGUGUUAGUGGUGCUGUGCUUAGGGCUGAGAAAGCUUUUGUGUCUAAGGGUCUUCCUUUUGUUCUCUACACUGUUGGGCCUCUUGCAUUUGAACCCAAAUGUUAG